AUGGAAUCAAAGCAGUACAGGAUGCGGUUAUUCUGGACCAUAUAUACCGUCGAGAAGACGCUGGCGUUUCGCCUGGGGCGAUCCUCAACCAUUCGCGACAACGACAUCUCGAUCCCUCGCAUCAGCAAUGAUGCUUCAUCCGAAUACGGAAUCGACGACACCUUCUCAUUCUGGAUUGAGCUGUCAAGCCUCCAAGGCCGGGUGUACGACGAGGUGUACAGCCCCAUUUCACUAACUCAGCCAGAGGAAAUUCGAUCAGCCAGGGCACGGGGCCUCGCCACCCAAGCGAGAGGCCUUCUCCACGCACAAGAUCACCUUCAGAACCACGCGAUAAGAUCAGAGCUAAUGGGAGCCGGACUGUCCGAGCUGCUGUGGCGUGCCGACCGCGUGACGGCUCUGUCGAUGCUCACCCUCAUCUACCGCAGCAUCCCGCCCGAGGAUGCUUCCAAAUCCGUAUUCUGCACCGAGUGCCUUUCCGCCGCAAAGGAGGCAUUGAUAGAGCACGAGAAGUGCGUCACUAUUCUGACAGACAAGGAGUUUCAGCCGGAUAUGUUGGAACUAUACGUGAAUUGGGCGCUUCUCCAAUCUCCGUUCACUCCGUUCAUCGUGCUAUUUUGUCACAUCAUCGAAACAUCAGAUCCCUCUGACUUGGAGUGCCUGAAGAGACUAGUAGAGAUUUUACAAAUCGCCGCCUCAACCCCGAAGAAUGUCAUAUGCGAACGGCAGCUUCGCCUGUUCAAGGCACUCUACGACGUCGCCAUCAAAUACUUUGAAAUCAGGGCGGAGACGACACAGGCAGAGCAUGGCGGCCAGGGUGCAGACGGCUUGGGAGGUCCAUACCUCGACGCAGCCAGUGGCGGGUUGCUUCAGCAUCAGUCCACGUCGCUCUUGGGGUCCGGAUCACUUCUUGGGUCUGGUUCUGAGAUUACAUACGGCCCGGUGGAAGAUCCCAUCUCUAGUCUGGGGAAUGGCAACGUGAACCAAGUGCCAGGUCAACAACGGGUUAUGCCAGGGGCAAGAGUCGGUCAGUUCAACCCCCAAGGGCCAGGGGCUACCAGAAUGGAGAUGGAGCAGUCAGGCGCAGGUCUAGCCACCUGGUUCUAUUUGAAUGAUCAGAUGAUUCGGAUGCUGGGAGAAAGCUAA